UGAGGGGGUCCGAGGUCCCCAGGGCGAAGAUGGGGCGUCGGGGCGGCGGCGGGUCCCCUCCGGGCGGGCUCCGGGCCGGGGCCGGGGCCGAGUCCCGCUGCCGGCACUACGUGGAGAGGAAGCAGCGUUGGUGCCGCCUGACGGUGCCCGCCGGACGCCUUUUCUGCGGGGAGCACGCCGGGCACGCGGACACACAGGAAGAAGAUGCCAGGAAACGAAUUCCGUGUCCCCUUGAUCCAAAGCACACAGUAUAUGAAGAUCAGCUCGAGAAGCAUUUGAAAAAAUGCAACUCAAGGGAAAAGCCCAAACCGGUUUUCUUUAUUCAAGAUAUUAAUGCAGGUUCAACAGAUGUUAAAGAAACACCUGAAGAACAGGUCCCAAUUUCUUCUCUGUGUAAAGAAGAAUUAGAAAGCUUAAUCAGAAAAUUGAGAAAAGCAAGUGAAGGUGUAAAUCUCAGGCUUAAGGAUCAGACGUUGUCACAUCCAGUUUUGCAAGAGGCCCUCAGUGACCCAAAGAAUGGUGAUUCCGCAGCCAAGCAUUUGAAACAACAGGCAUCAAUUUUAGGUAACAUAGAAAAGUUAAAGUUACUCGGACCAAGAAGGUGCUUUGUUGAGUUUGGAGCAGGACGAGGAAAGUUGUCCCAUUGGGUUGAUUUAGCCUUACAAGGAGCAGAAGACGUUCACUUCUAUCUAGUGGAAAGAGUGGCCACAAGAUUCAAGGUAGAUGGGAAACACAGAAAAAGAAAUUCCAUGUUUGAAAGACUUCAGAUUGAUAUCCAGCAUCUGUGUCUCAGCAAGAUCCCCAUGCUUGUAGAAAAGAAGCUGCCUCUAAUAGGAAUUGGAAAACAUUUGUGUGGUGUGGCAACAGAUCUUGCAUUGCGAUGCUUGGUUGAGACCUAUACGGCCCAGUGCGAGAAAAGAAGCGAGGAGCCCUCUGUGAAACGCGUAAAGAGUGAGAGGGAAGAGGCCAAGGAAACUGACACUUGGGAAGAGGAUGGGAAGGAAGAGAAUGUCCCCAAGGCCUGGACUCCUGUGGCAGGCAUUGUGAUCGCCUUGUGUUGUCACCACAGGUGUGAUUGGACUCAUUAUGUAGGCAAAGAGUUCUUCAAGGCCUUGGCUCUUGGCCCAGUGGAAUUUGGCUAUUUUCAAAGAUUGAGCAGCUGGGCCACGUGUGGCAUGCGGGAACCGGCAGCCGAAACCUCAGAGACGGAGCCCCGGGGACAAGAAUGGCAGAGCGCUGAUAACGAAGAACACGAACAUGGGGCAUGCAGGCAUGCGGAUGAGAAGCCCGACAGCUUGCAUGGGGUUCUUCCUGCCGAAGAACGAAAAACCAUAGGUCGCCUCUGUAAAUGGCUGAUCGACCAAGGCCGAGUCCAGUAUUUACAACAGAAAGGAUACGAUGCAGAACUGCAGUACUACACGGACCCCAGUGUGUCUUUAGAAAAUGUGCUCUUAACAGCCGUACCAUGUCGCCCAUCAUCCUCGGAGCCAUUUCUAUAACCUGAAUCAUAUGAAACACUUCCCAGCAAUGAACUUUUUAGACUGUUUGAAUAUUUUAAGUUGGUUCAACCUCUGUUCAAAUAUUUAUCAGUUUUUACGUUUAGUCCACCCUCUACAAAGAGUAGUAAGUCGUAUAUCCUUUUUUGUCACAAAAGUAUUUCAUUGUGUAUAUGGGGAAAUUUCUGGAUGACUUGACUGCAUCAGCUUUUGGGGUUGGCAGGGCCUUCUUUCUUCAAUCCCUGUGCUGACUGUCACCAUUUAAUUAAUACACCAGUUCACAAAAGCAUUCCUCUUCAACAGGCAGCUGGAUAUAUUUUUAUCCAUCAGUAUUUACGGAGAGUGAUGGAACAGCAGAAGUAGUAACUGGAUUUUCUGAAACACAAACAAUAUGUCAAAGUUGACCAGUUUUAACUGAAUCCCCGGUCUAUUAAUAUAAUAAGCAUUUUAUCUUCCUCAGUUUCCAUAUGUUGUCUCUUUUCUUUGUCCAUAUAAUGGUGCUUUGGAACCUUUGUGGAAAUAAUAAAUUCAGAUUGUUCUGUA